CGUCUGCAGUCGAUUCGCGUACUCGAAACAGUCGCCGUAAACGCGACUCGACCUUUGACUGCAGCAUCCAUGAAGAAGCUUUUGUGAUUCGCGAAGAAAGAGAAGCAGAAUUUUCUUUGACAACAAUAAAAAGGGAACAUCUUGUUUAAAUCUUCUCUCGUAAGGAUCCGAAACAGUGCCAGUUCCCCAUCGGAGGAACUUGAAGGAGGUGGGAUCGAACCAUGGGCCGCACAGGAUACACGUGCAUAAGGCACGUCUUCUGCUCCCUCAACGUUCUCAUAUGGUUAUGCGCUUGUGGAAUUUUGGGUGCUGGCCUUUGGUUGCGAUUGGCUUACUCAGGAUACACGACUUUGGUACCGCAAUACAGUUUUGCAUCGGCUGAUUCUUUGUUACUAGCGGCAGGAUGUGUUACCUUCGUUAUUGCUUUCUUCGGAUGCUGUGGAGCUUGGUUCCAAUCGAGAUGCAUGUUGAUUACGUACUUCAGUCUCGUUAUACUGAUGUUCCUGGCUGAAUUCAUGCUCGGUACACUCGCCUUUAUAUUCCGCGAGCAUCUCGCUAGAAGUCUUAAAGAAGAAUUGCUAUUUGGCAUUGAGAGGCAUUACAAUUUGACCAGAGAACCUGGUACUCUACCUGCUGUUUGGGAUCAUAUACAUACCGAGUUUCAUUGUUGCGGUGUUCGAGACUACACCGAUUGGUAUCAAAUCGAUGCGUGGCCAACGGAAGAUCGAGUACCAGACUCUUGUUGUAUACAACGAGAAAGGUACUGUGGUAGACUCGAUCCUGAAGGAUUGAACAAAGAACUUUGGUACAAGGAAGGUUGUGCCUCAGCCAUUCAAUUAUGGCUAGUUACAAGGUUACACGUUGUUGGUACCGUUGGAUUGGUUGUUGCUUUUCUUCAAUUAUUUGGACAAGUUGCCAGUAUGAUACUCUUUUGCACAGUUAGGCAAAAGAAAUCCUCACACACGUACAAGAGCUAUGAUACUACCAAUACCUAGAAUUUCCGCUGGAUCUUAGACGAGAGUAGCGUCUAAGAUCCAUAAGAUUGUCGUUAGAUCGACAUAAUUGUAUUUCGAUUCCGCGACGAUUUCAUUGGUCUUUCUCUUAAGAUAAGAGCAAUAUACGAUCGUCGAUCUCGCGAUAUCAUCAUGCGAUCUUUUUCCUCUACGCUCUUUAUUAAGAACGAAUGAACGAGCGAAGACGAAAAAGUCGAAGAGAAAGAAGCCCGAGAUUAUUCGAGAAUAUUUCUCGUUUUUCCGUUCGAUCAUGCUUCUUCGAGCUUUUUCAAGAGAAAGAUUUUGUAAAUUUUGUUCACACAUAUAUACAUAAUGCAUAUAUAUAUUUAUAUAUGUAUGUAUAUAUGUAAAUAUAUAUGUAUGUACGUACAUUUUCUUAUGAUCGAAGCUCUUUCGGAUUAGGAACUAGAAUCGUUUAGCUUUAAUUCUCUUAGAGAAUAAUGCCUGGAAUUGUAUUUAUUUAUAUCAUUAUAAUUACCUAACUCUCAUAGUUUGCUUAGCGAAUAUAAAAAUGUCUU